UUAGAGCCCGUUUGGUAGCAUUGGAAUCGGCUGAAUCGACUGAAAUUUAUGAAGUUCUGGCUGAAGUGACUGUAUUGGCUGAUCAUGCUGAUUUAUGGAAAAAAUUAUAUUCAAAAUAUAUUUUAUUAAUAAAAUAAAGAAAAAACUAUAUGAAAAAUAGCUAAAAUAGCCAUCUAAAAUAACUUCAGCCAAUACAACCAGAAAAGUAACUCCAACCAAAAUUUUUAUUAUUAUUACACAAUUCAGCGCGAAAAUAAAAAAGUACGUGUUUAAUUAAAAAGUAGACUGAUAAACUUGAUAAGUCGAAAAACAUAGAGGCUUUUAAAGUUUUAAUUAAUUGAUGAUUAGGGGAGAGCAAACCCGACCCUACCCGAUUGACCCGAUUGGAUAUAUCCGUUUUUUUUUGUUGGGGUCGGAUACAAUAAACUGAAAUACCUAAACCCUAAACACUAAACCCUAAACCCUAAACUCUAAACCCUAGUUACCAAUUAUGCUACCCGACCCGCCCAAAAAACCGAACUAGCGUAGUAUAUAUAUACUACUUUGAAUUAUUAUGCAUGUUCAAAUAUCUCAAUUAUUGUAUGUCAAUUACCAUAUUAUAUAUGUUCAAAUAUUCCAAUUACCGUAUUUGUACAACUAUAAUUUUGAAUGUUGUGUUGUUAUGACUUUGAAUGAUAUUUUGGCCAAUUAUGAUUUUAUUUAUCACAAUAUCAAAUAUGUCAAUCACUGUAUAUUAUAAUUUUACAUGUUCAAAUAUGUCGAUUACCAUAUUUAUACAACUAUUACUUUGAAUGUUAUAAUAGUAUAACUUUGAAUGAUAUUUUUUACCAAUUAUCAUUUUAUUUAUCACAAUUUCAACAAUAAUAAAUUAAAAUCGUAUCAUCCCGACCGCAACCCGAAUUUCUUCAACCCGAAAAACCCGAUAAAUUUUUUGAUAAGGUAGAGUUUAAAAUUAUCAAUUCGAUAGACGAACGAGUUUACCGUUUUUGAACCUGACCCGCCCGAACCCGACCCGUGAUCUGCCCUAUUGAUGAUACCGAUUUUUCUUUCGUAAAAAAAAAACUCUUUCCCCAUAAUAUGGGACAUAAAUUAGACUUGUGACUCUUGACUCCUGACCUGGUAGCAUAAGGACACUGCAACGCGUUUAGAGACACCAAAACCUCUUCCCUUUCCUUCCUUCGUUCCCAUCGCGAAGGUUCCACCCCCUCACCGCCAUCUCUUCCCUUCUCUGCUUCCUCCCCAUAUAUAUACCCUCCGCCCUUAUCUUUUCUAUCUUAUUUUACGUAUUAUUAUUAUUAGAAGAUAGACAGAUCUCAAAACCCUAUCCUCAUUUUCGUAAACGUUCUUCAAUCCAAUAUGGAUUUUCGAACUUUGGAAUUAAAAAUCAUGUCCGCCAAAGAUCUCAAGAAGGUCACCUUUUUCUCCAGGAUGAAUGUUUACGUCGUCGUUUCCGUCUCCGGCGGAGACGCCAAAUCGAAUCAGACGCUCAGGACCCCGGCCGAUCGCGAAGGUGGAUCUAACCCUGCCUGGAAUUUCCCCAUCAAAUUCACCAUCGACGAUGCCGCCGCACGCCAGAACCGCCUGAUGCUCGUCUUCAAGAUCCGCUGCGAGCGCGCUUUGGGGGAUAAGGAUGUCGGCGAAGUCGUCGUUCCGAUUAAGGAACUCCUCGACUCUCCGGCAGGCGUGAAUACGAAGCAAUUCGUCAGUUAUCAGGUGAGGAGGCCGUCCGGGAAGCAGAGAGGUGAAAUCACGUUCUCUUACCAGUUCAGCGACAAAAUCGGCGGCGUACACGCGGAGGCGGCUGCUAAUAGUAAGGUGGAUGAACCCGUAACGGCUUAUCCGGCUUUUACUCCUGCCGUUGGGCAAAGUUCGGCGUAUUCUGCUGCUCCCGCACAGCCACCCCCUAAUUGGCAGCCGGCUACCGGAGCCUAUCAGCAGGUUCCAGGAGGGUAUCCUCCACCUACGUACGGAUAUCCGCCUCCGUCGGCGUACGGUGGCUACCCGCCACAACCUCAUCCAGGAUACGGAUAUCCACCCGUCCAACAACCGGCAAGGAAGAAUAAAUUCGGGCUGGGAUUAGGAGCCGGGUUACUAGGCGGUGCCUUGGGGGGUAUGCUAAUCGGAGAUGCAAUGUCAGACGCCGCUAAUUAUGAUGCCGGAUAUGAUGCUGGCUUUGGGGACGGCGGAUUUGGAGACGGCGGAUUUGACUUUUAAUCGGCGGCUAUAUGUUUUUACUUUUGCGUCUAAAUUGUAGCCAUAUACGGAGUAAUUAUUACCAUUUGUACAUUGUUUCCCAGGUAUUGGAAUAAUCUUAAACUUCGUACGGAGUAUUUUAUUAUGAUUGUAUAAACUUAAUUAGAUCUUAUCAACACACGUCAUUCUAAAUUCUGUAAAAGUUGAGCGAACAUAUCUCUAAACGUACAGAAGGCAAAGACUUCUUAUUGUAAAAUACGGAGUACUAGAGUAUCUAUCUCAUACGGAGUGCGUUAAAAUGUAAAUGAUACUCCAUAUAAUUCACCAAUUUUGGGAUCUUACAAUUUGAUGUAAGACAUUUCAUCAUUUGCAAUAGUCAAAGAUUCAUUAUUAUAGAAUAAAGUAAAAUGACU